UUACCGGCCGCAGUUACGAGCUAGCAUACGAUGCUAACAUUAUGCUAUCUAGUUUAGUAAAGGAAACUUAGUGACAACAUUGGUUCAAUAUUUGUUAUAUAUCUGUUAUUUUUGUUGAUUUUUACGGGUUUGGGCGAGCUAACCGAGCCUGCUCGAGACCAGGAAACAGAAGAAGCAUCAUGUUUCAUGGCAUACCAGUGACCGGGAGUGUGGGAGGAGCUCCAGCCAAUAAGCCCGAGUUGUAUGAGGAGGUGAAAUUGUACAAAAACGCCAGAGAAAGAGAGAAAUACGACAACAUGGCGGAGCUGUUUGCUGUAGUGAAGACCCUGCAGGCGUUGGAGAAGGCCUACAUCAAGGACUGUGUGACGCCUAACGAGUACACGGCCUCCUGCUCCAGACUCCUGGUCCAGUACAAGGCCGCCUUCAAGCAGGUGCAGGGCUCCGACGUGGGCUCCAUCGACGACUUCUGCCGCAAGUACCGACUGGACUGUCCUCUGGCCAUGGAGAGGAUCAAGGAGGACCGGCCCAUCACCAUCAAGGACGACAAGGGCAACUUGAACCGCUGCAUCGCUGAUAUCGUUUCUCUCUUCAUCACCGUGAUGGACAAGCUGAGGCUGGAGAUACGUGCCAUGGACGAGAUCCAGCCAGACCUGCGGGAGCUGAUGGAGACCAUGAACAGGAUGAGCAACAUGCCUCCAGACUCUGAGGCCAAGGACAAAGUCAGCCGCUGGCUGGCCACCCUCAGCAGCAUGUCGGCCUCAGACGAGCUGGAUGACAGUCAGGUGCGCCAGAUGCUCUUUGACCUGGAGUCUGCCUACAACGCCUUCAACCGCUUCCUGCACUCCUCCUAGUCUUCUUCUUCUUCUUCUUCCUCCUCCUAGUCUUCUUCUUCUUCUUCUUCUUCUUCUUCUUCUUCUUCUUCUUCCUCCUCCUCCUAGUCUUCUUCCUCCUCCUCCUAGUCUUCUUCCUCCUCCUCCUAGUCUUCUUCUUCCUCCUCCUCCUCCUAGUCUUCUUCUUCUUCCUCCUCCUAGUCUUCUUCUUCUUCCUCCUCCUAGUCUUCUUCUUCUUCUUCUUCCUCCUCCUAGUCUUCUUCUUCUUCCUCCUCCUAGUCUUCUUCUUCUUCUUCUUGUCCACUCUAGCCCUGGAACUCCUCCUCGUCUUCUAGUCCACCAUCUUGUCCCUCCUUCUUCACGUCCAUUCCAGCGCUGGAAGUGCAACAUAGUUGUGCAGAGCACGGCCAUGAUGUCUGUGUCCUCCAAGUGAAGAAGAGGGAGAGGAUGGUGUGUGCGGGUGGUGUCAUCUUGUACAUACUGAGUAACUCCACCCGCUUGGAGAAAUAAAGGAAGUCCAACCUCA